GCGGACCUCGUGAAGCAGAUCAAUGCCUUCUUAGGCAUUCGCAAAGCGGAGCUCCUGCCGCAGCCCUUCCAACCGGGUGUUCUGCUCUGCGUCCUUUGCAUAUUAUUGUGGACCUUGUGUGUAUACAAGGAACUCCGUUCUGUUUGGUUGUCUCUGGAAGCCACUAUGCAGAUCUCGAAGGCCAGAAGGACAACGUUUGAGAAUGGUGUGUUUCACAACAUCUCUUAUGGUCGCUACAGCCUCCUAUUGUUGACAUAUGCAGCCCGUGCAACCAUCGCCUCAGUGCUGUUGGCGGCUGGCAUCCUCUGGCUUGCUCGCACCACAUCCAAGAGCUCAUGCUCAAUGCUGUUGCUCUCAACGCCAUCCUGGAUGUUGACGAAUUCCUGUUCUCGUGCCUGA